AUGGGCAAACGACACUUAGCAUCGGGGAUUAAAAACCACGGAGAGGGCGGAACAGAAACGCGUGGUGGACCCCUUCUUGGGCGGGGCGGAGCAUCUUCAACGGACCUCACUUCAGACCUCCUGAGGAAGGACUGCGCUGAUAUUACAAAUGCCAAGGACGAUCUUCGGCAACCGCAUCCUCGCCAGCGCCAACAACUGCGGCGACACAAUUCUGUCGUGAAAGACAAGAAUGAUAUAAAUAGUUCUUCCCUCAAUAAUCUUUUGCCUGACGGAAAAAAACAUGUGGUAAGUUUAACCGCCUCGCAGUUGCUCGAAAAAGGUGGAGUUUCAGGGGAAGGAACUCAUGUACUGAGCCUUGGCAGUUUCGGCAGCAAGACAAGUGCUGGGAUUUUAAACAACGGCAGUUGUCAUGUGGUUCCUCCACAUGUGUUGCUGCCACAGGAACACACGGCGUUACUUGCCGAAGAGGGCAACUGCGACGAAGCGACAUCCUGUUUAACCGCGAAAUGUUCCUCUGAAGGCCGCGCACGUUGGCUAACUGGCCACGGGCCUAGUGGUGCGAAAGGCGCCCCCUCGGAAGACUGUGUCCCCAGAACUACCAUGAGUAAAAAGGAACGAGAAAGGUUACAGGUGUCCUCUACCACGAGGAAUAAAAAGCGUGGUGAUGCGAAUGAAUUAGUUGACACCACCGUGGAAAAUCUCACCGAUAGGCAUUCUGGGACCGAGGCGUUGUCAACAUCGCCACAUGAAAAGGAGCAGCAGCUGAAUGAAAAAGAAGACGAAAAAAAUCAUGAAGUUAAACACAUCCAGAGGAAAGCAACGAAUUAUUUUGUUAGUUUACCGGAGUCGUCUAUGAAAAUAAUGCAAGCUUCAACAAGCCCCCCGUUUUCUGGCGGUGUGUUUGUUGAGUCACAGUCGAGUUCAUUACGAAGGAGUGUACCUACAAGUAUGGAAAGAGAGGAAAGAUGCGUAUUCCCUUUAUGGAGUGCCGAACAUCAGAACCCCAACACUCAAACCGAGAAUAAUAGGUAUGGAUGCAAUAGUAGCUCCGUGUCCUCGCAUCCUGAGUCCUCUACGGAUCAGCAUCAUCGCAGUUACAGCUUCACACCAGAGGUGAGUCUUUCACUUUGUCGACUUGUGGAUGAGAAUGUCGUAGCAUGUCUUUCCCAAACGGCGGAAAGGAUGAUGCUGCAGCGGCAGAAGCAAUUAGGCUGCGUCGCUGAAUAUCUUACGGAGGCUAUUGCGCACGAGGCGUGGAGUAAAGGCGUGCACUAUGGUAGUUUGCGUUACUAUGUGUUUGGAAGUGUUGCGAUGUGUACUGUGUUGCCAGAUGGCGAUAAUGAUAUGACGAUUGAUAUUGAGGGGCUUUUAAAUCCUACCAAAAAUCUUGAGCAAGGAAAGGCCUUUGUGGAUCCUCAUGCUCGUGUACUGACAAGCGGAAGGAGCAGCAGCAACAACAAUAAUAAUAAUAAUAAUAGUAUGUCAUCAUCUCAGGCAGCUGUCAUUGCAGGUGGGGAACUUCUCUCAGGCGUGGCAGAAUACUUGCAGCAACGCAACACUCCACUUUACGUUGACGCCCUGGUACUUGCUGAGGUCCGUGUUCUGAAGCUCGUGAUGGAAGGCAGUUGCUUUGACAUCACCGUGGGUCAGCUGGGUGGUGUAGACUGUGUUCGUUUUUUGCAUGAGAUGGAUAUGAUAAUUGGCUGUCAGCACCUCUUACAGCGAACUCUACUUUUGUUGAAGGCGUGGUGUUGCUACGAAGCACACAUCCUCACUGGACAGGGUGGGUACCUUUCUUCCUACGCGGCCACCAUCAUGCUGAUUGCCAUGAUGAAUACAGUGGAGUUUCUUGAGGACGUGGAUGCGGUAGCAGAAAAGGAAAGGAAAGAAGAAGAAGAAGGGCAUUCGAGAAGUGGUCAACAAGAGCUCUUCAAAAACAUUUCACCACUCCAACUUUUUGCGCGUUUUCUUAAAUUUUUUAGCUUUUUCGAUUUUGGGCGUUACUGUGUCACAAUAUUUGGUCCACUUCCACAUGCUUGCCUGAACGGUAAAUCAUUUGACUUCACUCAGCUAGAGGCUUCAGAUGGAAGAGGCGACAGUCGUGGGGAGCGGCUCAGGUCAUCGAAGUCUGAGGCAAAGGACAAUGCUUUUGAGGAGCUUAUUGAUGUGAAUGGCUUGGGUCUUACUGCCGAGGGAGUGAGGGCGUUUGGACAUUGCCUUCGUCGUCGCGCUAAGCCACUCAUAACUGUCAAUGGAGUGAGACAUAUUUUAUAUGAUGAGCACAUGCGACGUCUGCAUGAUAAAACGACGUCAUUUGAGCUUCAACAGGAAAUGGGAGGGAUGGAGACAGCUUCCGGUACUUUUGAGAAUAGUGUUGGAGACGCGGAGCAGCCACGUCUUAAUAAUACCUGUGAUGACGUACUUGAUUACGAUAAUUUCUUCUGCUCCACCUUGGAUACUAGUCACUUUCCACUCCGUACGAUGAAUGUGAUGGAUCCGCUGCGAUGGAGUGCCAGCCUUUGCCGUGGAGUGAGCCGUAAUCACUUGCAACGUAUCCGCCGCGCCUUUCGGGAAGGCCUUGCUCUGUUUGAAAGGGGGUCCUCUAUAAUUGGUAACGUAUCUUCUUAUUCCUUUGCUGAGCAUGGCGAAUACAGUGAUGCUAGCUGGGAGAGAUCCUCUAGAACAGGCGAAUACUCGGGAGUUCUCUCGGACCCUGUGAAACUGGUGGCGGAGCAAAGGAUUUUUUUGGAAUCCAUCAAUAGUGUUUUAAAGGAUCUGUUUGGGCAUACUCUAGCAAUACUGCGGAAACGCACUCCAGACCCCUUGUCGUCAAUGCACCCACGACAGGUGCAAUGCAGACGAUGUCCAUAUCCAUCAUUUUUUUGUGCUUCAUAUUCAAAACGGAUGUGUGAGGCACAAUUUAUCUUUGAUCUUCAAGACGCCAUACAGAAAUGCAGAGAUGGGCAUGAUGCAGCUGGCUCAAAAGCACAGGGAACAAUAUACGAUGCAAAAGCUUCCCCGUUUAUUCCAGCCCUUUUGAACCAACGAAGCAACAGCAACAAACACCCCUAUCAGCAGAAGCAGCAGCAACAGCAGCAGCAACAGCAGCAACAGCAGCAGCAGCAACAACAGCAGCAGCAACAACAACAGCAACAACAACUGCAUAUGGUACCGAGUCCUGGAACUAUGCGAUUAGGAACGGGACCAAUGUUGUCCACUGUUCCCUCUACUACAAAUGUACCGUUGCCGUUUGCACAUUCCAUGUGCGGUGUAGGUUGGCAGGGCGCCGACAAGCUGCCCAAUAGGGAUUCCUGUAUGAACCUGAUUACGAUGGCCCAGUACCUUGCACGCGGGGCACCACUGCUUCGAGCUCGUACCAAAAACAAUUCUGUACUUGGGUGCCAACGUGUAUCCCCAGUAGGUACUGUGCCGAGUGGCAAUUUAUACCCCGCUGAUUUUGCUGCUUUUCAGUGUUACCCAGCGUUUUCACCAGCAGGAUCUUUGGGAACAAACUGUAGAACAUCUAUCGAACAAAACAUGUUGGAUGGAGCUCCAACUAAUUUUGUACCAUCACUCCCACCACCACCGCUACUACCACCACCGCCACCACCGCCACCUCCACCGGGUUUAGUUUCGUCAUCGUCUUUAAUUGAUGCUCGUUUUCAGACGACAACGUCUUGUCAGAAACCCCAAAGUGCUUCCAGGCGAUGUGUGACGUCGAAUUCGUACUUGGACGUUUUCAACGCUGGAGUUUACCCUUUUCACCCGACACCUAUAGGCGCCCCAAAUUUGGUUGACACAAAAACAAACAAUGUUCGCCUUUAUUGA